GCAAAGGCUAACUGGGCAUUCAUUUGCUGCCAUUCUGCCACCAUCCACCUCCUUUCCCUUCAGUCCAUCAAAUUAAAUGGAAAAGAAGUGUUGCUCUUCCGUCGCGAGGCUUUUGACAGUGACGGCCGUUAUCUUGAUUUGCAUCGACGCCAAACCGGAUCCCCGGCCUGCCGACCACCAAGUUGGGAGCGUCUGGCCACCUAACGUGAUGAUUAUGACGUCAAACGUCAAGCGGAGUGAAGACGCCCCGGCACCAAAAGUUUUUGAACCCGCAGGCGAAGUAAGCGUCUCAACACCUGAUGACGUCAUUUUCACACCGACAUCGGACGACGACGCCGUAACGGAGAGCAUCCAAACAGACGCUGUCGACGCCCAAUUGGCCUCACCAGUGGACCCCAUCAAAGCCAAUGACGUCAUCACCGAAAGCGUCCCGACGACUGAUGAACCGAUUCUCCCAUUAAUUGCGGAUGUCAAAUCAACAGCAACUCUGGACGAAAUAAUUAUUACGCCAUCUGUUAUUCAAAGCGACGAUGGCGUCAGUGUUAACAGCACCGCGGAAAUCCGAGCUGAUCAAAUCGGCAAUUGCGUUUUCAAUUUGGCCGUCCCCAAUAGGAAUAUCCCGUCCGUCACCUACAGCACCAAUUGCGACUUUUGCAAUCACGACAUGUACACGCUGACGUGCAUCCCCAACGCCUUCGCUUGCGCUUCUCUUUGCGCCGGAGACCGACGCUGCAGCCAUUUCACCUACGUCGCCAAUCUGCUCGGCGGGACUUGCCGUUUAAAGAGCGCCCCAGGCUCGGGAGGCUCGUGGGCCUCCCGCAUCCAGGCCCCCUCGCCUUACGUCUGCGGGUACAUCGGGAGAAGAGCCUUCCAGAAUGUCCUACUUGGCCUCUGUCUUGCAUUGGAAAUUAACGUCAACAUUGAAUAAAUCAUCGACAUCUUAUCAAUUGGCUAAUUUUGUAAUUUGUCAUUUUUAUUGAAAUUAACACUUUUAAUUAAAAUUAAAUGAUUGAUUGAUAAAGAUUAUUGAUAUAUAACUUCUGUGUUAAUAUUGAAUUUGAAUUUAACAGAACGAUUACAUAGUACAACUUACCAGCCACAUAUGAGGUUAGUU